GGAACAAGUGAUAACCUAGCCUAGACAUGUUGCCAAAACAUCUCUGACUUCACCCCCAUGGCCUGAAGUGAAGCUUCCAGAUCCAGUAGAAGAAGCAAAGUAUCAUGCAGAAGUGGUACAAAAGGUGAACAAGAUGAUCGCAACGGGGCAGUACGGAAGGCUUUUUGCUGUGGUCCACUUUGCCAGCAAGCAGUGGAAAAUAACCAGUGAAGAUUUAAUUAUGAUGGACAAUGUACUGGAGGCUGAAUGCGGAGACCGAAUCCGGAUGGAAAAGGUUUUGCUGGUUGGUGCUGAUGACUUCACGCUUAUUGGAAGGCCACUCCUGGGGAAAGAUGUCGUCCGUGUGGAGGCUACCGUGAUUGAAAAGACGGAGUCGUGGCCAAAAAUUAACAUGCGCUUUUGGAAGAGACACAACUAUCAAAGGAAGAAAAUCAUCGUGAACCCACAGACUGUCCUUCGGAUAAACACCAUAGAAAUUUUCCCCUGUUUGUCAUGAUUGAUUGAUCGGGUUUUGUGUGGCUUAGGUUUAUUAUUGCUUUAGGCAAUUAUGGAAAUAAAACUGCCUUGUCAUUGGAAAGUUCUGGACUUCUUGCUGUUGUCAGAAAUGGAAAUCUAUAUGUACUUUCUUUUUAAAAAAAACAAAAUGAAAUAUUUUUUUAAA